CAAAGAGAAUUAUUGGGACAAAUGCAUCUGAAAUCUUGUUUCAAAUUUCGGUACUUUUACUUUGAAAUAAGUGGAAAAUUCUGCCAGUAGGAGAACUACGACAGUCUUACAGCAGAAUGCAGGAAAGCAGCAAAGUCAACGAUGAGGGACAUGAAGGCAGGUGGUUUCGACCUGUUGACCUUUGACCUGUGGACUCGGGAAUGUUCAGAAACGCUGAGGUGAACCGGUGAACUGGUCGUUUCAUCAGCAGACGAUGUCCUCGGCUCUCCGGUCUGAUUUCACGCUCACAUCUCCCCCACCCCCAGCUCUUCGCCUCGAGGCCGCUCUGUGAGGAAUGAGCUGCGGCGCUUCUCCACCUUCUCCUCGUUCUUCUAUGGACUCGGACUGAGUGCAGCGUCCAGUGCAGACAGAGUGAAGUGGCGAUCAGAAGAUGCCGGCCCCGCCUCCCCCGCCUCCCCCGGGUCCCCCCCCUCCCCCCACCCUCUCUGUUGCCAACACAGAGAAGCCGUCUCUGAACCGUUCGGAGCAGCAGGGCAGAAACGCUCUUCUGUCCGACAUCUGCAAAGGUUCCAGACUCAAGAAAACGGUGACGAAUGACCGCAGCGGACCGCAGCUGGACAAACCUAAAGGAGGAGGAGGAGGAGGAGGAGGAGGAGGGGGUGGAGGAGGAGGAGGAGGGGGUGGAGGAGGUUUUGGUGGGGGGUCUCCUGCUGGUCUGGGAGGCCUGUUCGCAGGAGGGAUGCCAAAGCUGAGGUCUGCAGCCAACAGAGAGUCCUCCGACUCGGGACCGAGCCGAGGACCCAUUCUGCCCCCCGGGGGCCGCUCCGGUGGUCCCACGCCGUUCGGCGGCGGCGGCGGCUCCUCCGGCCCCCCGAAGCUCCCCGGAGCCCGGAACAGCGUUCCCGAUCUGCCCAAAGGCCGCCCGGGGUUCUCCCCCCGACAGGACACUCCCGGAGGACCGCCUCCGCCCGUUCCCAACACGCCCCGGCCGUCCCGGGGGGGCCCCUCCCCGCCGUCCCUCCCCACGGGGCCCAGGCCCGGCCACGCCUCCAUAGCUCCCCCGCCGAGUGUCCCCCCCGGCCGCCACGGACCUCUGCCCCCCCCACCGGGAGGCGGCGCCUCGCCAGGGCCGCGACCGGGCUCCUCCGCAUUUCCACCCCCUCCGCCCAACACCAACAGACCCCCGCUGCCCCUGGCCCCCGGGGGGAGACCCCCCCUCCCCGACGACCGGCCGCCGCCUCCUCCGCCCGCCUCCGGGGGGCAUCGGCCCUCCAUGCCGCGGGACAUGCCGCCUCCGCCCCCUCCCUCCAACAACUCCAAGCCUUCCCCGCCCGUCGGCUUCUCUUCUCGUUCCUCGACCGGUGGGGGCGCCCCUCCCCUCCCCCCGGGACGACCGGGCCCCCCGCCCAUCCCCCCCAGCCCGGCCGGGGGCGACGACCACAGCACGCCUCGCCUGCCCCAAAGAAACACCUCGCUCAACAGCCACGCUCCAUCACCCGCUCACGCCCGGUCCGGCCCGCUGCCUCCUCCCCCCAACGAAAGACCCCCGUCUCUUGGGCGCAGCCAGCCGUCAGUACGCAGCGGCCCCCUGCCUCCGCCGCCUCCGUCAGGUCGCAGCAUGGGCGGCGGGGGAAGCGUGAGGGUGUCCCCCGCCCCGUCUCCGAUCGGCCGGCCGGGCCCGGAGCCCCCCCGGGGAGGACCCGGCGGUCGACCUCCGCCGCCUCCGGACCGGCCGGGCCUGGGUGGGGCUCCUCCGCCUCCUCCGCCAUCCAUGGGCAACGGCUUCCAGAACUCCCACCACAACCAGGCACAAGACGAAUGGGAGAGUCGCUUCACCUUCCACCCGCUGGCCGACCUGCCUCCACCCGAACCCUACGUGAACUCAGCCAAGACCUACCCCAGCAGGAUCGCCAAGGGCGACGGGAGAGGUUCUGGUAAGAAGGAGCGAGGCGCCCCUCCUCUUCCUCCAGUGCCCAGGUGAGGCGGCGGCGGACGCCCCCCCUCCCCUCCUCUCCCCCGCUCCUUUAUGCUUCGACCUGCGGCGAGCGCCGAGGGCCGCCGGAUCCCGAAGGAGACGCAGCCGAAGCGCUUCACCAAGUAGAGGAGGGCCGGACUCGCCGCGGCGGUACACCGUGUUCACAGCACCGUGCGCACUCCUUUCACCGAUCCAUAGACUGCAUGAACCGCUUCGCUCCGUAUCGUUUUACCCGCCUUUAAAAACUCCGUUUACACAUUGAGACAACGUUGUGGCGCCGUCUGGCAGCGGUGCAGCCUGGGAGCGCUCCCGGAAGACGGGCCGCUCUCUCCUUCUAUCGUGCCUUUGUUUUUUUUCUAUUCAGGAUUGCACUUCUGAAGAUUUAAGGGAACAAGCCAGCAUCGCCUGUCGUGUUUACGCUUUUCGUUCGUCCAGCUGGAUUUGAUUCAUUCUGACGAUACAAAUGGAAAACGACAAUAAUAAUAAUAAUGAUAAUAAUAGACUAGUAAGUCAUGAGAUAAACCUGAGGUUUUUAAAGUGUGGAGAGAAUCUGGAGGUCGGUGGGGAAAAGCCUCUUGUUUGGGAAAGAAAUCCAGAUUAAAUUCUACAUUUUACCAGAAUUCCACAGUACAUCUCACCAAAGACAAGAAAUCAGUCCAGUUUCUGAAUAACUCUGAAGUGGAAAAGCUCGGUUUGAGGUGGGAAGAAUAUGUUUGAGAAACUCAGAUAUUCAAGUGGAUGUGUUUUUUUACUCAGAAGACAGAUUUUAGUUCAGAUUUCAUCUUCAGUAGGAAAGACGUGAAAGAAAAACUGCACUUAAGCCUGUCAGACUCCCUCUGGGAAAGACUGAAAUCCUGCGUACGCAGUUUGUUGCGUAGUUUGUUCGGUGCGUCUUCGGCUGGGCGGUUAUUCAAAGUGUGAGGAAGGCCUUUUGGCUGCCUCGUGUUUCUGCUCAGAAUUUUAAAGAUUACAGUGGAGAAUAAAACCAUUCAUGAAUCGUUCCUGACUGAAGAUGAAUCAGAACGUUCGGUGCAGACGUGGCUGAUUCUGGAUACGCAUCUCAUGUUUUUGCUUUGGGGUUAAAAGCGACUUCUCUGGCUCAAUACUUGGAUUUGGAUUAAAUGAAAAUGUUCCUCAGAAAAGAUCUGAUUCAUGAGAAAAGAGAAAGUGGGAAAGUUAGUAUUUUAGAAAGAGACUUCCUGCUGUGAAGCUGAGAAACAUGCCGGGUUUAAAAAAAGCUUCUGUGUGAAUUAAAGUAAAAUGUUGUUUUUUUAAUCGUGAUUUCUUCCAUCAAUUAAAAGCCAGUGAGGAUAAAAGUAUCUGGACGCUCUCCCGCUCCACACCUUGAAAACCAGCUGGUCGAUGGGAGCUCUCAGCCUGGCGGCGUGCCAAAGCCUCGUGUGCCUCGACGGCCUGGAUGUAGAUGAAGACGUUUGUGUUUCAGCCUUUUGAAACGGUACCUGUCUCCCUUCUUUGUUUACGGCUACAUGUGAGGGCUACUUUAACGGUUCGGUGCCCGUUCGUGUCGCUCCACCAUGAAGGACCUGUUGUCUCCGACUGUUCCAGCGGUCUUGCUGUAACUUAUCUCAGUAUUAGGUUUGGGCUUCAGGCGGCGCCGCUCUGAGGAGACGCCGUGUAGUUUGAUCACGUGUUUUUGUGCCAAAGAAGCAUUUUCUGAAAGACAAUCAUGAGGAAGUUAAAGGCUUCCUUCAGACUCUGCUUUGUUUUAAUCCGAUUCUUCUCGGUGAACUGUAGCGUCAGCAUCCACACGAAGUCCUGUGUUUUGUAUCCUGUAACAGUAUGUUAUCCUUUUUACAUUUUUGUGCAAUAAAAUCAGGCAAUAAACCGA